AUGGAGUUCACCGAUGCAGGAAGACAAGAGAUCGUAGGCCGUACCGGCCACGCACCGCUAUCCAUAUUUGGCAACAUCGCAUCCAUCGAAGCGCGGAAACUUGUUGGCGAGCUCCUCCAUAUGAGCUGGACCCGUAUUCGAAGGCUCGAGAUUGUCAUUCGGACGAACCUUUUCGACGCGGACUCAGAGAAUUGGGCGACGAUGUACACAGCCGCUCCUUCACUCGAAGAAUUCCGCCUCGCCUUCAUGUCGAAGUGUGAUUACCCUGGUGAAGAGUUGGACGACGAUGAAGAAGAAGACGAAGACGAGGAAGGCCCUUCCCUGCACCGCCCUCCUGGGCUGUUCGCGGGCGACGCGCCUCGGAUGCGGUCAUUUUCGUGUCCAUCAUGGCUCGAUAUUGACCCAUCUGCGUCAUGGCCUGCCAAUCUUCGGCACUUAUCGGUGGGAGAGGAAGGGGAAGGAAAGGUACCCUUGUCAAAAGUUCUCAAGAUGCUGUCAAGAAUACGUCACCUUGAAUCUCUCGAGUUAUCAACCCGAAAUUUCGACGUCGGCCAGGAUCUACAUUCCCUUCCUGUUAUCCAUGUUCCCAACCUCAUCGACCUCGUUUUGUACUUCGAAGAUAUCGUCAAGAAUGCCAUUGUUCUGAAGCACAUUGUGUCGGCCCCAGGUUGCGCAAUCGAGGUGAACAUGAUUUCUCCUCUUUACGCUCGUCUCGGUCGGACAGGAGAUCAGGAUCUCAUCAAGACAGUGUUGGCCUCCCACACUGAGAAUUGGUUCAACAGCAAUCUAGCCAACAAACCCGAAUUGCUCGAGUUGAAUAUUUUCAAGGGCUACAUAAAUGUUACUCAAGACGUCGCUCCGAUAGCAGGCUCAAGGGCGCGAUGUUUCAUCCUCAGUGUUCUUGUCAUCCAACAAGAAUUUAUUUCGGGCAUGCUAUUCGUCCUCAACGCCUUCUCCUCGUGCGACUUCACUCACAUUACGACCCUCGAGCUCCAAAUCGGGCAAACGCACCAUUGGAUUGACCCCAACGUUCAGGCGUUCGUAUUCUCCUUCCUGAAUGUUAGGACCCUAAAUACCGACUACAACACAAUUAAGGCCAUGUCUCCUGAUGACGUCGCUGGCUCUCCAUCCAAUCGCAUUCCAUUCCCUAAACUUGCCACUAUUCAACUGCACUCUCAUGUUCGGGUUUUUAGGAGCGCUGAGGAUGUUCAAGUUACAGCUGAGCAUUCGUGGAAGCGCUUCUUUGGGUCAAGAGCACGGGCGGGAUGCCCCGUCCAGGUACUUGAUUUGACAAAAUCUCUAGGCCCCAGACGAGCGGAUCUGACAGCGCUGGAAGGUAUUUCUGGUCUUAAUGUUCGAUGGAUGUCGCGAGAUGGCGAGCAGGUCAACUAUAUUUGUGGAUCCAGUGAUCUGUCCUUACUUUCAGAUUGGCUUGCCUGA